AUGCAUCCUGUGGUCGAACUCCACAAGUAUCCGCCUGGUCGCAAGGCCAAGGAAAAAAGUAUUACUCCCGCAACCAGAAGUCUCAAGUGGUACAAUUCGAACAAUGGUCAACUCCUGGUAGCAAGAAAACAAGCAAGGCUGACAGCAAGGGUGGAGAAGUAUCGCAACUAUCAGGAGGACGAUCUAAGAGACCUGCUCUCCUCUGUCCUUCGCAAAAUUACUCUGUGCAAGUAUAGUGAUGGCAUCCCUUGGGGUCAGCAGUCCGAAAUCAUCAAUCUGCUCCCUUUAGAAGUAGAAAAAUCUUAUGGUGUGGAGUCGUCUCCUAUUUUCUCCGACGAGCUUCCUCCAAAGAAACUUAGCAAACGGACACGAGAAAGUAAAAGCCUUGGUACCACGUUCACCCAAUUCAAAUCCUCCCAUCCCAAACUUGUUAUCGAGCUAAAUGCCAUAGUAUCAGCACUUUUCUAUGAAGAAAGGAUCGAUGAUGAAGCUUCGCAAGAUGAAUUGGACAGCAUGAGCGAAUAA